AUGGGGAAAAACUCGGCAGGUCACAUGGUCAGAAGACUGCGAGGCCUAUUCAGGCCAAAAGCCAAGCCCAUCCCUCGUUCUCCAUCCCCUCUUGCGGCUCCGGCUCCCGCUCCUCUGGUCUCUAAUCCGUCUCCCGCGGCCUCUGUUCCGCAGACCCCCCCGGAUCCUCGCAAAAAAAAUAGAUCUGGGCAAGAGACCAAGAGGGAUCAACCUCACGAUAGAGCUUUGCUAGAUGAAGAGGUUAAGGCGUAUGUGACUGCUGCUUUAUCGCUUCUUGGCACCAUUUUUCAAUUUGGGUUUAAAAUCUGACUUGCUCCGUCACAUAGCUCCAUUGACGCCAUGGAAAAGAUGCUGCUUGCGAUGCACAACAUGAGCCUUCUCACGCCCCUCAUGUCGGGCAGCAGCAGCGAAUUGUCCGAGGCAAUGACAGAGUACGGCCGGGUAUUCCAGAAGCGCUCGCGUGCUGAUCCAGAUUCAAGCGUCGAUCAAACGGAAGACAAUGCGCGUUUUAGAUGCUAUUCGCAUGCAUCCAAGUUCUGGGAUGAGAUGUCUACCAUGCAAACGGCAGUUCACGAGACUCUUGUCAAAGACUACGAGUACCUAAACCGUCAGGUUGCAAACUUCUUUAAGCUUCAUUCCUCCGACAACGUUGAUGACCGUAAGGUCAUCGAAGAAUAUGAUAAAAUGCUAGACAGAGUCGAGAAGGUAGCUGGUUUUCGCUUUCCACCAGGCCUAGAAUGUUUUAGUGGCCGGGUACAGGAGGACGCACGCCGAAAGCCAGAAUAUCGUAAGCAUUUGCGGACCAGGCCAGGGCGCAUCCGGCUCCCGCACAGAGUUUAUCCGGUGUCGGGCUUCGCUCAUGGGCGGGAACCUCCUUCCCUUGAGAGCCCCGCGAUGUAUCCUGGAGCUUUUCGUCCCCAUUGGGGAGAACUAGACGUUAAGGCAAGCCAAUUACUACGUGAGGCCAGCUCCGGUGAUAAGAGGUUCGAAACUUUACUUGAAAUGCGAGACAACCUUAUGAUGUCGUUCGCGAAAAAACACAACGAUGCUCUUCGCGGCCUGGAGACGGAUUUUUUGGCUCGUGUUGCCGUUGGGCUUACAAACACUGGUUUUGAUAGAUUGAAAGAUGCCUAUCGUAAAGCGGAUGAAUGGGCUUCUGUGGUUGGACUUCAGACGUAUGCGGAACACCUUCGCAUCGGUGGAGCCCAGGCAGAGGUCUAUGAGUCUCUCGUGUCAAACCCUCCUGGGCCUGGGCCCAUGAGUGCACUGGAACUUAUGGCUGAUGAGUGGAACCCUAAUUAUCAACGUGGAUUUGGCGUUGAUUACUCGGCGGAUAUUGCCGCCAAUUCCGACUUAGGUAAAAAUCUUUCCCCAGGACCAUUCCCCGAAAGCUUUAUUGGAGAACGUGCAGAGGACGGAGAUAAUGAAUCCGACUCCGAGUCCGACGAUCCUGGCUCAGAUGAUUCAACCGGCCCGAGAGGUUUUGAGCCGGGGCCAGGCCCCCCUGGCGGUAACAAUCCUCGGCCACCCGGUGGCAACUCAGGGUCUAACUUCGCUGGAGGACCUAGUACUGGCGGGUACUCAAAUAAUUCCGCGGGAGGGGCGGGAGGGGCGGGAGGCAGUAGAAAUUCUGCCAGUAGCAAUUGCCUCCCAAGCUAUACCGGCAGUGGGAGUUCAUAUGAAGGAAACCGGCGCUUUGCCGAGGGCUUGCAAGCGGGUCUUUCGGGGCAGAUUAUUUAUGAAUCAUCCGACAAUGAAUCUCCUUCGAUGGGUUCUGAUUCGUCUUCUGGAUCCAACCGUGAUUCCGUCCUGAGCAGGAGCUCUCUUAGCACGACCCAAACCUCCCUUGGAAGCGCUGAUGACCUCUCUAAAUCCCCAAAGGGAUCCUCCCCGGGUAGAUACGCUCUGACCAUUGCCCAGCCCGUUCCCGGGGUUGGUGUUACACCUGUGUCCCCAGAGGCUGACCCCGCCAAGAAAAGUGGAAACCGGAAACUGUGCGGUACUACCUUUGGCAUCACCGAAAUGCCCAUGGGUUCAAAGACUGUUGAGGGAUCUGGAGGGGCUCAAGCUCAAGAUGCUUUCGUUUGUCCCUUUGAUAAUCCCUUUGAGGAUACCCCAAUGGCACUAUCUACGCUUGUUGAGGACUCCGAUGAAGAUCCCGCAGACGACCAUAGGGCAACACGUACCGGCCGUAAGCACCGACAUCUCAGAAGGGUCCCACGCUUUCUCAUCCUACAAGGCGGCAAGCUGAAGGUGUUUGGGCGCUAUAAUUCCUACGCCGGGACCGGCCUUAAAACCAAAUCCCCAGCCCGGGGCCUACAUCCUCUUAAAGGCUACCAACGCCUUAGCUCCUCAAUGAGCCUUCCAAUCCUAUCAACUUGUGACGCAGUUCCUAAGUCAGCUGGCCCCUUGAGUUGCCCUGGGGGCAAUGACUCCACUACUUCUGGACCCGCGAGCGGCCUGUUCUACAAAAAUGCUGGCGGCCAAGCCACCGGCACAAUUCCCCAAUAA